AUGCCGCUCUGUCACGUGUUACAUAACUCCGGUGAAACUGAAGAGGCAGCGAUGAAUGACAAAUAUCUCGACGAUUACUUGUCAGUGAUCGCGAUUGACGUCGCCGUCGAGGAGAAGACGAGGAUCGCCCGAAUGGCUGUUGCGACCCUGCACAAGCUGCAUAACGUGAUGCGGCAGAUGAGGGACUGGCGGGACGAUAGCGCGAAACUGAAGAGUAAUAUCUGGCGGAUGAAAAUGGCUUUGCGUGUGGAUGACAAGAAUGAGAACGAUAGCCAGCAGAUCGACCCUUUGAUCGCGCAUCAGAGGGAGGAGAUUAACCGGUUGGAGCAGGCAAACGGCGCACUGGAGAACGAAGUAACGAGCCUGAAGCGUGCCCUGACGAAAGCCGAGAAGGAUCGCGCGCGUGUCACCGUCUGCGAAAUAGGCGAUAAGAUCGCCACGCUCGAGAACGAAUUCACGAGCGAGCGGGAACGUAUGAACGAGGAGAUUCUGUGUCUGAAGAGGCGGCUGAAGGAGGCCGAGGAGAGCGAGACGAGCGUCGUGCUGGUGGAGCAACUCAGGGACAAGCUGAACGAAUUCGCGAGGGGCGAUCGGACGAUAGAAAUAAUCUUCGCGAACGCGAUCGGCAAGACCGUCGAGAUGAUUAUCGGCCUGUCGGAGGAGCUCGUGAACGUUAGCGAGAAUUUGUACAGGUUCAAGACCAGGAACAGGAAUCUGCGUCACAAGCUCGAUCGAUUAAGGGCGAUGCUGCGAUUGAGGUGCGGUAAUAGAGCGGAAUAUCGGAAGAGGAUCGGCGAAUUGAACAAUCUCGCCGAACAAUUGAUGGGAGAGAUGGGCCGGCUGAGAAUUAUUCGCGAGAAUGCGAACCAUAGCGAAAGUUUGGACGCCACGGAUAUCCCGGACGUUGUUAAGCGCAUCGAGCGCUUGAUGAACGACUUGAGGAACAAUUUAAAGAGCGAUCGCGAGGCGAUGAUCGCCGCCGGCGAUCCCGACUGUUUGAGAUACAUGAAGAAGGUGGUUAAUCUAAGAGUAAACCUGAAAGUGCUGUCCGUGGAGCUCGGACGAUCGGACGUGCCGAUGGAUGAACGAUCGCGCGAGAACGUUCGGUACGAGAGAUGCUUGGAAACCGCUUCGUCAUUGAAUGAUUUCCUCCAGGAAAUCGAUAGCGAGAUUGAAAAGCUGAAGAUAAAACCGAUGAAUAAGUAUUGCAAAAUCGGCGGCGUAAGCGGCUCGCGAUACAUGACCAAAGUCACGGAACUCGAAGAUAUCGUUAAAAAAUCAAUCGCGGUAAUCGCCAUUUUGAAACAGGCCCCGCCGGAAGUUAUAAGCACCAACGAGAAAAUAACGGAAGCGCUGGAAGACCUGAUUGAGCGAUUGUGUUGCAAAAUGAGGGAACUCGAAGUUUUCGAUGAUCGCGCGAAUUUACGUGAGAGAAUCGAGCAGCUCGAAGCCCUGGUCGUGUAUUUAAAAUCGGAAUUGUUGAAAAAGAACGAGCGUAUAAGUGGGCUGAACGACGAACGUGCGAGCAUCAGAUUAACGUCGGAGAGAGAUCGUGAGAAGUACGAGAAGAUUAUCGCUGACAUGCGCGAGGUAAACGAGACUCUUCGGGAGGAUAUAAAAAGGGGGAAACAAGAGUUAUCGGAACUUGAACGCGAUCAUUCCGAGCGGCGUGUCGCAGAGAUGCAACUGAUGAAGAUUGAAAUGGACGCAGCGAGGAAAGAAUUGCUGAGCCUUCGCGAGGACAAAGAGACGUUGUUAGGGGAAACGGGUAGGUUGCGUAACGCUCUCGAAGUGAGAGACAAGGAAAUUGAGAAUAUCAUUACCCAGGGGGACGCGCUGAAAGCGGUCCUUAGGGCCGAGACGGAGGACCUGAAGACUAAACUUGGGAUCGCUUCCGACGAAAAUGUAAAACUGAAAAGUAUAAUUGAGGGACUUGGGAAACAGGAGGUACGCGACGAGCAACUGGGCAAAUUGAAAAGUUCGGUGGAGAAAAGCGGCGGGGGGGAGCGAGACAAUGCUGAAGAGCGUGCACGAAACCUCAGGGAAGAAUUAGAGUGCUUGAAAGCCAAGUCAAAUGAGCCUGAAAUAAGUCCGAACAAGGAAUCGGACGAGCAAAUCGGCUAUUUGAAGCCCGUGCCGGAUAAAGCCGUCGGUGACGGGGCCGGGUCGGAGGGUGAGAUUUCUGAUCUCGAGUCUAACGAGCAGUCGUUGACGUAUCGAUUGAACUGCCGGACGAGCAUCGGCGAGGAAAGGUCGAGCGAAUUCGACAGGCUGAUGGCGGAGUACAAAGCUUCGGGGAAUAAAGUCAAACAGCUUCGGAACGAGAAAGAACAACUUGAGAGAGAGUUAUCGGAGUUGAGGUCCGAGAAAGGAUUGUUGGAUAGGUCGAUGGCCGAUGCCAAUAACAAGUGCGCCGCGCUGCAGGAUCAAGUUAACAAAUUUAAGUCCGAACGUAACGGCCUUCGGGAGAAGAUAAGUGAGCGCGAGGCUGCCGCGGAGAAUUUAAAGUUCGAGCUGGAGAGAAUGCGGACGGAGCUGGAAGACGCGGCCGUUGAAGCGGCGCGUUUGCGAUCGGACAACUCGAGGGUCGUCGGCGAUUUGGAUAUGCUGUCGCUACGGAAUGCCGAGGCCGAGGACCGUGUACGAGUGCUGUUGACUGAAAAGAACGAGUUCGCGACGCGUAUUAACGAGCUCGAUGAUGAGAACGUCGCCCUGCGAGAGCGGCUGAAUAAGGCGAGAGAGGAGAAUGAAUAUUUUUCCAUGGAAUUGAAUAAAUCAAGGGUCGAAAAUGACAAAGCGAAAGCGGAAAAUACUCUCCUUCGGGCUACCUGCGACACGCGGGAGAGGGAUAACGUCGAGCUCAGGCGGGAGAGAGACGACGCGAGAGGGAGAAUAAAUGAAAUCGGUAACGAGUGCCGAGCACUCGGUAAUCAACUGAAGAUUCAGCGAAUGAAGUAUGAGGCAUUGCGGCUCGCUGCGGCCGCGUUGCACGACGAGAGUAACGAUCGUAAGAAUUAUUUAAAGGAGAUCGAUACGCGGCAUCCGCUUGCGGGGGACCACGAGCGGGGAUUCGUCGGCGCUCAUAACGAGAUUAAGCAGAAGCAAAAUUGCUCGGAUACCUCGCGCACGAGCGUAAAGGUCGAAAUUGGCGAGCAGAGGGACGGCGGAACAGAAGUCAAAGUAGAAUCUGACACACGCGUCGGUCAUGAUAACAAAGCGGGGAUCAAAGACGAACCAAAGGGCGAGCUAAAGAGACGCGGGAAUAAGCCUUUGAAAUUGGAGCGGGCAAAUUUGAGGUCCGAAAACUCCGAGGUUGCGAUGGAACUGACGGAAGGCACAUCCGAAGGCCCGGCGGCUUGGACGAAAGCGUCGGACGACGAAGAAAUCGUCGAUCCUAUUUUGAAGAAAUUUGAAAUCUCGCACGAGAAAGGAGCGAGCAAUUAUUCUAAUUAUCUCGCCGAUCCGAAGAUGUCAUCAGGGAGUAACGAAAGGACCGCGGCGCACGAUAUCGAUCAGCCCGAGAAUAGGGCGCCGAGGAUGAAAGCGGAUAUCUCGCGCAGUAGUCGCAACUCCUGCCUGGACGGUGAGAAAACGAGGGCGGACUUCGGUGGAGCGGCGACGGUGGAGGAGAUUCAGGCUUUGAAACUCGAACUGAUGAAUCUGAGGGACGAGAAGGCGGCGUCGAGGUCGCAGCUCGAGAUAUUUAAGGAAGAAUUAAACGCAUUGAAAUCGGAGAGAGUGGCUUUAAAGGACGAGCUCGCCGCUUCGAGAAAGUCGAACUUCGACCUUAGGCUCAGAGUAAACGACCUGCGAGGCGCUAACGAAAAAUUGAAGGAGACGAAUGCGGGAUUGGGGCGUCGUCUGCAGGACGCGUCGAGAGGGACGGAUGAGUACACCGCAAUGUCGGAGGUGUCAGAUAGAAGGUCAAAAAAUAAUUUCGAAGGCGAAUUGAGCGACUAUCUGAAGAAGUAUAUCUUCACGGAGAGAAAUCUGCGGAUAACCAACAGGCGAAAUCGGUUCGAUCGCGUCUCUCCCAAGAAUCCUGGACUACAAUCCGUCGAAGAGAAUCUGCAACAUAUAGAGGGACAAAAAAUAUUGAAUGGAUAA